AGAGAGAGGAGACAAUGGUAAAAGCAAAGAUAAAGAAAUCGGGGCACGACUCAUUCGGUCAAUCCCUUUCUCUUCGUUUCUUGCUUCGACGUCUCGCCUUUUUCUCUGCCUUUUCCUCUUUUCCUCCUUUGCAAUUGAAAGGAGCAUUAAAAAUUUCAACGAUUCUUCGUAUGGAGCGGCUAAAUUUUGAUUCUUUGGUCGUUCCUUUGAUGCUUGCCACCACCGCUAUCUCUCAGUCAUUGUACACAGUUCUGGGCUUAGAUGUUUAGGGAUCACAAAUAUGGUAUUUCUAGGGUUUUUCCUUCUAAUUCUCCAUAGCCCAGUACCUGGUAUGGUCUCCUUCCAUAUUUUCUACGGUUUUCUCGAAUAAAGUUGGCUCAUUGUUUCCUAAUCCUUAUUAAUUGUGUUCCCGGAACCAUGGUUGGGUCUUUGCCCCUGUGAUUGAGUUUGAAGAAAGUGGCGUUCUGGACAACUAGUCUUUACUGGAAUUCGAGUUUUUUUUUUUCCUUUUACACAUCUUUUAAGGAUUCGUUUAUUUUUCUCAGUCCUGAUAGAUAAGCUUUUGCCCGCUUAAGAGCAAAAUAUCAUGUUUUAGAGUUUAGAUUGUUGUCUGUUUUCUGUCAAUGAGUGAGCUGCUGUGACAGAAUGGCUGAGAUUAGGCUUGCGAAAGUGGAAGAGAGUCAGACAAAGAUUAGGAGUGUUCCAAUAGCCGUAACACCUGAAGGCUUCUGGUGUUGCCCUUCUCCAGCUGCUUUUCAAAAGACCCUCAAAUCUCAAAACCAUCUAAACAAAUCAAAACCAUCAUCGCCUCCUCCAAAACCCUCUUUCCCGAAGAAUCAGAAGCCGGAAACUGAGCAGAAACCGGCCUCUGCCACUAUAAGAUCAAUCAUUGCCUCCGAUGAUCAACAACAGGGUCUGAGACUUACUGGUUCUGACAUGCGCAACAUUGCUGCUCCGGCGGUUCCAGAGAGGUCGCAGAGGCAAAAGGUGGAGACUUUGCCUAGAAAAGUGGCGAUUGAGUUUGGUGAACCUGGAACCAGUGACAUGAAAGUGAUUUUGCUGGGAAAGCAAGGAUUUUGUGUGAAGCUGAGUGUUCACAAGAACGUUUUAUCGGAUAAUAGCAGUUUCUUUGCGAAUAAGCUGGCUGAGAAAGAUCCGGGCAUCUCGUGCCUUGAGAUCGAGAGAUGCGAGGAUGUGGAGAUAUACAUCGAGACUGUAGGACUAAUGUAUUGUAAAGAUAUGAAGCACAGAUUGAUGAAACAGAGUGUAAGCCGAGUUCUCCGUGUCCUCAAGGUUGCGGAAAAUCUUGGUUUCAGGGCAUGUAUCCAGUCAUGUUUGGAUUACUUGGAAGCGGUCCCGUGGGUUGGGGAAGAAGAAGAGAAAGUCAUCUCAUCGAUUCUCAGACUCAAGCACAAGGGCUUUGGGGUCAUGCCUGCCCUCAAACGAGUUGCUUCGGAUAUAGUGGACCCUCCCAAAGGGACAUUAUCCCACAUUAUCGAGCUUGUUCUCAGAAGCAGGGAGGAAAAGGGCCGCCGUGAGAUGAAGGCUGUAGUCUUGAAGCUCCUCAGGGAACAAAACAGUGUCAGCUCAGCUGACAACUUCAAUGAAACCAUCUAUUCCUCUUGUCAGAACUGCUUAGACUCGGUCUUGUCUUUGUUUAGACAGGCUGCAGAGGCAGAAACUGGUACUGAACCUGCCUCGAAGCAAAUAGCUGUAGAGGCAGAUAACCUCUCAUGGCUGCUUGACAUAUUGGCUGAAAGGCAAGGAGCAGAGGAGUUCGCUGUCACAUGGGCCAACCAGAAAGAACUCAUUUCAUUGCAUGAAAAGCUUCCAUUGAUGUUACGGUAUCACAUCAGCCGGGUGACUUCACGGCUGUUCAUAGGGAUAGGCAGAGGAGAACUCUUGCCAUCGAAGGACACUCGCCUCGCACUGCUGAGAAUGUGGCUGCAACCGCUGAUCAAUGACUAUAACUGGCUCCAACACGGUUGCAGAUGGUUCGAUGCGAAACUGGUGGAGGAAGGAAUCGGCCAGACGAUUCUGACACUACCCCUUGAAGAUCAGCAGAGCAUUCUGCUUUCAUGGCUAGGAAGUUUUCUUUCAGCUGGUAAUGGAUGUCCGAAUCUUCAGGGAGCAUUUGAGGUCUGGUGGCGUCGCUCAUUCAUCAGACCGUACACAGUGACAGAUCGUCCAGGCAACGGCUUGUUUCAGGCAGAGUGUUCGACCAACUCAAGCUGGAAAGAAGAGUGAGUUAGAGAGAGAGAGCUGUGUGUGUUUGUACAGUUUCUGGAGGGAACGUGUGGUGAUGGUUUCUUCAGUUAUGUUGGUUGGUUUGCUUGGUUUACAAGGUACCUUUACAGAAGCAAUGGUUAAUGAUGCUUAAGCGGCGGAGUAAAAUCUCUGUGGAAUUUCUCGUAUAGAUUAUAUGAUUAACCUUUGUAUUUAGAAAACUUUUUGUGGUUUUCAUCUUUAAUUUCCUCGACACUUUUUUCUGUAUCUCUCAGUUUGCAAUGCCAUUGACGGAUUCUGUGUA